GAGCAUAUCUCGACUACAUCUACAGUCGACUAGAUUUACCCCCCAAUAUCCUCAGCCUCGUAUAGUCUUUACUGCUGCUGUUACUUCCGUGCACUCACCUAAUUUGUCUCGCAUUUGCAACUAGACGAACACCCGACAUCAAUCAAGAUGAAGUUCUGGGUCGGCUGGGAAAUGUGGCAGAAGCUAUGCUUCGUGCUCGCAGGCAUUCUGGCUGUCGUUCUCGCCUACUCCUUCUGUGUUCUCCUCCGCAAUCGGAGAAAGCUCAGACGCGCUACGGUAGAGGCAUAUCAGAAAGCGGAGCAAGAUACCGAAGCGCAGGAUGGUGAAUUGCGUCCGAUGUUGACCCGUACAAGCGAUAUCCCGUUCGGCGCCAGGGCUCUCCAACGAGGCGUCCAAAUCGAGGGAAUUUGGAUCUCUAGCAAUGAGGCGCUGGACCAACUCCCCAAAGAGCCUGCACCGGCCAUAAGCCCUCCAUCGACCCCUAUCACCACCGGCUCGCCCUUGAAAAAAGCGUCCUUGGUAGAUGCAAACGAUGACAAGGGAUCCCUGCUUCCGGCACCACAGGUGACUGCUCCAUUGAAAGCGUUGAAUGGAAAUGGCAUAGGCAACGAGGGGGCUCCCAGCAUCUCAACGAACAUACCUCGUGCAAGCCUACACUCUACCCGGACCGCCGCAACGCACAUUGAACCGCGAGCCUCGCAUGAAACGGGACCACGCCUUUCGAGACAAUGGUUCGGCCCCCGUAGCUCGUGGUUGACCAAGACACCAGAGACAAACAAACGAAAAUCAGGACUCGAAGGAAAAUACGUUCGCCCAUCGUCAGAAGAAAUCAGACGACGUUUCAGCAAGCUCUUUGACGAACAACUCCAAGUACAACCAAUUGAAGCAUUCCAGCUAGGCUCUAUGUCCCUAGGCACGGAGGGUGAUAAAAAGCGGAUGUCCAGGUCGUCACGUCUGUGAAUUGAGGUGCUGUCUCUUUGUGUCGGAUUAAACAAACAAUUUUGAUCCGGUCUCACAGUGAAUCUUGUGAGUCUAGAGGUUUUGUGGUCAUGUUUUCGUCCGAGAGCACUGCUGUAUUCCUAUCUUGUCGGAAAUUUCAGUGGAUGCUGUGAACAUUCUUUUGGAAGGAUGGCCAAUUGAGGGGAGGGGGGUAUUUGUAUUUUUCUGUUUUGGGAUGACCAUCGCAUGUUGUAUGUAUUCAACAUUGCAGGAACUAAAUUUUCUCUACGUGACAAGAGGCAAAAUG